AUAAAACCCUUCGUCUCCUAGCGUUCCGCCGUUCAACGUCUCUUUGCCCCGUACCACCCCACCCUUGUCUUACCUCUCCACCAACCUCAACCUACACUCAACAAUGUCUGGAAAGGGCAAAGCUGGCAAAUCUUCCUCUGGCAAGGCCGGCUCUGGCGACGCCAAGACGCAGUCGCGCUCUGCUCGCGCUGGUCUCCAAUUCCCGGUCGGCCGUAUUCACCGUCUCUUGAAGAAGGGCAACUAUGCCCAGCGCGUCGGUGCUGGUGCUCCUGUCUACCUCGCCGCCGUCCUCGAAUACCUUGCCGCCGAGAUUCUCGAGCUCGCGGGCAACGCGGCGCGUGACAACAAGAAGCAGCGAAUCGUUCCCCGUCACUUGCAACUCGCCAUCCGGAACGACGAGGAACUCAACAAGCUUCUCGGCGACGUCGUCAUUUCUCAGGGUGGUGUCGUACCCUUCAUUCGGCCUGAACUCCUCCCGACAGCGACCAAGAAGGGCGCCAAGGGCGAGUCACAAGAGGUAUAAUCUUCUGGUGUCGUGCAUCUGUGACGCAUCGCGAGUUAGUCGCGUUGUUGACCAUCGUUCCUCUUUCUUCGCUUGGCUGUUGUACAGGCUGUAUUACCACUGUUUACUCUACUUAUCCGAUUCAUUUUCCG